CCGUGUUCACAAAGCAAAUUGACAUCGAUUUUCAAUGUCAAGUGACAUUGAUUUUCAAUUUUUGUCAUCGGUUCUCAAACUUGGUGUUCACAAAGAAAAUCGAUGUCAAAUGACAUCCAAAAUCGAUUUUCAAUUUGCAAUCAAUGACACUGAAAUUGACAUUGAUAUUGGGCAUUGUCAAAUUGAAAAUUGAUGACAAUCACCAUGGUAAGAAAACAAUAUGGCCGACAUUGAAAGACGUCUUCGUCGCGCUCGAUACUUAAAUGAAUUGUUUCCAAUGGAUAGGAGAGUUUUCCGUGAUCGAACGAACCCAUUGGAAACUUUGUCCCCGAUGGAAAUUCGUGAACGGGACCGGUUUUUCCCGGAAACUAUUCUGUUUCUUGUCAACAUGCUGAAUUUGGAGAGGGCUACUGAACGUUCUUGUCCUCUUCCGCCGCUCAUUUCAACUUUAGCGGCAUUGCAUUUCCUUGCAACUGGCACACACCACAUUGUGACGGCAGGGCUUCAUGGAAUCUCAAGGUCCAGUGUAUCUAGGGCGGUCAAGCAAUUUACGGACAGCGUGUGUCUACAUCUAAAUGACUUCGUUUUCUUCCCAAAUAUCGAAAAUGUGCAACGGACGGUGCAAAAACAGUUCUACAACAUCGCUGGUUUCCCCCAAGUGGUUGGUGUUGUUGAUGGGACACAUAUCCGUAUUCAAGCGCCUAGCGCCAACGAAGACGAUUAUGUGAACAGAAAGGGAUUUCACUCCCUUAAUGUACAGAUGAUUUGUGAUGCCACUUUUCGGUUUGUUGACGUAGUCGCAAAGUGGCCUGGGAGCGUUCACGAUUCAAGGAUCUUUCGUGAAAGCGCCAUACGUCAGCGUUUUGAAAGAGGUGAAAUCGACGGUCUUCUGCUUGGUGACUCUGGCUAUGGAUGCAAGAGGUAUCUUAUGACACCAUAUCAAAACACCGACAGUCCUUGUAAGGAACGGUUUAACAUAUCCUUAUGUCGAACAAGAGUGGUGAUCGAGCAAGCUUUUGGCGUUCUCAAGCGUAGGUUUCCAUGUCUACAUUAUGGACUUAGAGUAAAACCUGACAGAGCAGCCAAAAUAACAGUCGCGUGUGUCAUUCUUCAUAACAUUGGAUUAGAGAGGCAAGACAUGUUUUCACGAACAUGUGAGGAUGACACGGAUCAGCCACAUGUUCUUUAUGAAGGAGAUGGGUCUGGAAACAGUUACAGAGACCACAUCGCAGAAUCUUUCUUUUAAGAACAUAUAGUUAUAUAAUAACAAGGGCUGUAUGCAAAACAUUCACAGUCAUUUUGAAGAUAACUGAACAAAGGUUCAUUCACAUAAUGAUAAACUAACAAAGUAUUAUAUCAAUAGCAAAAAGAUAAAAGAAGGAUCACCGAGGCUGCAGAUCAAGAAAGACAAGUUAGAACAAAAGAAUAGGCAUAUCAACAGUAUUAUUCAUUUAAACAGGUAUAUUGGAAACUAGAAAUGUGUCUUAAAUGCUAAAGACAAAUGCAUUUUAAAUAUUUCACCGGACACAAAUAUAUCUUGAGUCAAACAUGUUUCAAGGGGCAUAUUGACUGCUAACAACAAGUCAAAUGGAUAUUAUUUGCAGCAAAAGCUACAAAGGACUGAUUCAUGCAUGCUAUGUGAAUUACAUAUAUAAAUAAUGUAUGACAUUAAAAUAUGAAUAAGUGUAACACCAGCUGCCCAUCAGUAUAGCACUUUCAUCAUUUACCAAACUUGGUCCUUUAUUUAUGGUAAGUAGUGUUUCACUUAUUCAUAUUUGAGUGUCACAAAUUAUUUAUACAUUUAAUUAAUAAAACAUGCAUAAAUCAGUCCUAUGUAGCUGUUUCUGCAAAUAAUAGCUAUUUAACUUGUCUAUUAGCAGUCGAUAUGCCCCUAGGAACAUGUUAAGUUUAAGAUUCAAACAAAAGAAGGCCUUGAUCCAUUGCAGACUUUAUAUUUGAGUUUAACAACUCUUUUUUUAAAGUAAAAAGUUGUCUCUCUUGCUCUGCAGCCUCUGUGAUCACCUUAAUUCUAAGAUCAUGUAGCUGUUUUUCCUGCUGUUGCCUCUGCAACAGCAGGUCCAACUCAGCCUGUGCACGUCUUGUUUCCAGCUCAAGUAGCUCUUCUUCAUAGCAUCUGUUUCUCUUUCUCUUUUUCAACGAUUCUGGAAGUUAAUUAUACAUUGACAAAUUCAAAUUGUACUUAAGAAAUUAAAUACUUUCUUCAUUUUAUCCAUGUUUACAUGCAUGUUUUUGUAACUGAUUUAUGCCAGUUAUGAUUUGAACAAUUUAUAUGCACAAAAGAAACUUCAUACAUCAGUGAAGUUAAAAAUGACUCUGUUCUUAAAGUUUUAAUUGUUAUUUCAGUUAUGUGCAUGCUUUUUAUCCUAUUACCAGACCAAAAACAAUAGAAUAUCAAGUGAUCGUAUAAAUAUAAGAUCUAUGCUAAUAUCGACAUUUUUAGACCAUGGUUUUCCGAUAAUAUAUAGUAUUUUAACUUUUUUCUAAUUAUAAACGACCACAAAAUAAUGAGUAAUAGAAUAUUAUGUGCGUGUCGGAUAGAGAUCAAGUUUAUCAUGCGAGACUGAGAAACAAGUUGUAGUACAUGUAUAUUCUCUUAAUAUAGAUUGGUUUAGGGUAUUGGUUUAUUUGAGUAUUGGUUUAUUGUGUAAAAGGCAAUAUGACUUUCAUAUAUCAUCUGCAUACUCAAGUUAAUAAUAGUGUGAUGUAUCAGUAUGCUUCCAGAUUCAGAGGAUGUCAAAAGAUGAUUUUUGGUCUUAAAAUAUUGACAUAUUGAAAUAUACCUUUUGAUGGUCUUGAUGUUGAAGAAGUGGCUACAUUCGAGGCAGUUGCAGGCUUUGAUGUACACUCAGCAACAGUUAGUGUACACUUGGCUGAGGCUUCAUCAGUGUCUGCCAUCUCAGCAACAUCAGCCACGCCUUCAAUACAACAAAUUAUAACAUCUAUGAAUAAACAAGAAAUGUGUCCAAUGA